CCACCCAGGAACCAACAACUUUUUCUUUUUUCUACCUUGASAAAAAAUCAAUGUAGCUUUAAUAAUUCGAAGUUUCGAACCCAAAUAUAAACGAACCGACUUAGAUCUACCUAAAUCCGAUCCGAUCCGAUCCGUUAUGCCCUUGAGCUGGACCAGCAGGUUCGUUUUCUCUCUGUAACCCCCCACCCCACCACACACACAAGCACGUUUACAGAGAAACGGGGAGAUGGAUUACAGUCUAGCGGCACUGAAGCUAUUGUGUGGGCAGCUGAAGGACGCUCAACCGACCUCAUCGCCGUCUGCCAUGACCAUCGGCGGCAUACUCUUCCAACGAGCUUGGUUGCAGGGUGUUUUGGUCUCAGGCUCCGAGGAGGGGCGUUUUGUUCUAGAUGAUGGGAGUGGCAUUAUCGAGCUUUCUCUCAGCAACGAUUUUCGUCCCCCAGAAUGGAAGACAGGAAUGUACAUUAUGGUUGUUGGGUUUGUUGUUCUUCGUGCGGGUGAGCUGCCCAUGAUGAAGGUGCACAAGAUUGUUGAUCUGUCGCCUUUCCCCAAUCGAGAAGCAAUGUGGCAUCUAGAAGUCAUUGAGGCAUACAAGAUGUUUUACGAAUCUUCAUUUGAUGAAUGACAGCAUCUUCUUUGUACGGGUCUACUUCAGCACUGGCAAGGUUGUUGAGCUUGAGUCCAUGCAAAUUUCAUCUGAAUCACAAUGGCCAAUCCAAUCAAAGAGAUCUUCAACUGUCAAAUGGCCAUCCUAAUCGCAUUCUUUUGUGUCACAGGAAUUGUGUUUUGAGUCAUGAGGAGCACUGAUGAAAGAGAAACUAAUCAGAUGACAAUAUGUAAAAAGUUUUGGUAAUACACCUGUAUCUUCUUUCACUUCCAUUUGAUUGAUAGGGGACUAUAAAACAAUAUUAUAAAAGRUGUCUGAUCUAGGAAGGGGAGUUGUUUAUCAGACCCCAAAUAGUUGGUACAAAGGAAGUCCUCUUAUCUUCAUGUAAACUUGUAUUACCUGAGAAAUGAAAAGUGAACUCAUUAAUUUUCUUA